AUGAACCAGGUAAAUGAAAGCAUCCCACAGGAGUUCAUCCUCUUAGGUUUCUCAGAUCGACCAUGGCUGGAGCUCCCACUCUUUGUGGUCUUCCUGGUUUCCUAUAUCUUGACUAUCUUUGGCAAUCUGGCAAUAAUUCUUGUGUCUUAUCUGGACCCCAAACUCCAUACCCCUAUGUACUUUUUUCUUACCAAUCUGUCACUCCUGGACCUUUGCUAUACCACAAGUACAGUUCCACAGAUGCUGGUAAACAUAUGCAGCACCAGGAAGGUGAUUAGUUAUGGUGGCUGUGUGGCCCAGCUCUUCAUUUUCCUGGCCUUGGGUUCCACUGAAUGUCUUCUCUUGGCUGUCAUGUCUUUUGAUAGGUUUGUAGCUAUUUGUCGGCCUCUCUAUUACUCAGUUAUCAUGCACCAAAGGCUGUGCCUCCAGCUGGCGGCUGCAUCCUGGCUCAGUGGCUUUGGCAACUCAGUGUUGCAAUCCACCUGGACCCUUCAGAUGCCUCUCUGUGGCCAUAGAGAAGUAGAUCACUUCUUUUGUGAAGUCCCUGCUCUGCUCAAGUUGUCCUGUGUAGACACAACAGCAAACGAGGCUGAACUAUUCUUUAUCAGUGUGCUGUUCCUUCUAAUACCUGUAACGUUCAUCCUUAUAUCUUAUGGUUUUAUUGUCCAAGCAGUGUUGAGGAUUCAGUCAGCCAAAGGCCGGCGAAAAGCGUUUGGCACCUGUGGCUCCCAUCUAAUUGUGGUGUCACUGUUUUAUGGCACUGCUAUCUACAUGUAUCUGCAACCACCAUCACCCAACUCAAAGGACCGGGGGAAGAUGGUGUCCCUCUUCUAUGGAAUCAUCACGCCCAUGUUGAACCCCCUUAUAUACACACUAAGAAACAAAGAUGUAAAGGGAGCAUUUAGGAGGUUGAUUCUGAGGAUCUUCUUAAUCAAGAAAUAG